CGUCGUUCGUCCUCGCGGACCUCCUCCUCUUCCCGACACAGCCAGAAGGCUAGGACCGUCCGAGCCCGCUCCCAGAAGCGCCAUUCCGCCGCCUCCUCCAACGCGACCACCACGGACCUCACCUCCUUCCCAUCCCUUUCUCCGCCAGACCGCUCCGUGGACGGGUUCCUCGGCCAGCCGGCCCUCAACCGCGCCCUGACCAAUGUACUGCUGGAAGACCGGGAUCUUUAUAGCAUCAACGACUUCCUACACACGGCGGGGGAGAACAAUAACAACACUACCACCACGCGGGAUCGGCGAGCCGCCCUAGCCAAAUUGACGAGCUCCUCGACCACCGCCAGCGCGUCGGGGCGCGCCGCCCUCUUCGGCGACUCGGUGCCCAUCCGGGACUUCCCCGGGGCCCUUCAUCUGGCGGACGAUGCGCACAUCGAACGGCUGAUCGCCACCACGGGCGCGGUCAAGCUGGUGCGGCAGUUUGCGCGGGACCUGGCGCAGCGGGAUGCGGAGAUCUCGGCGCUCCGCCAGCGGGCGGACGCCCGGGAGCGCGAGCUGAAGCGCAUGCUCCGCGAGGUCUCGGUCUCGAACCAGGAUAUUGAGCGGCGACUGUAUGCGUUGGAGCACCUCCCCGUGAAUCCCGAGGGGGCAAGGGGCAAGGAGAACGGCGGGGCGAAUGCGGAGCAGUCUGGGAGCUCGUCGUCGAGCGUACAUGGGCUGAUGCAGCAGGCGAUGGACGACGGGGUGGGGUUGUUGCACGGAGCGGAGGAUCUCGGUGGGGCGGAGAAUGGGGGGAACCCGGCGCAGCAGGCGACGGUGCGCGCGCCGCAGCGGUCGCUUGAGAGUGACGCGCGCUCGGGCCACUCGAGCCUCGACUCCAACUCGAACCGUAAGAGACAGAGCUCGAUCCGGAGCUGGGGCGAUUUCAUUUUCGGCGGGACGCUAGGGAGUCGGAAGACGAGCCGCGCCAGCAGUGUCAUGAGCGGAGCCGAGGAGGAGACGCAGCGGCCUCGAAACGCGAGCAACCCGUCGGCGGGGCGCCGCAAAGCUCUCGAUGAUCAAUUGUUCCAACCCCCGGACGACCAACAACACAGUGGCUUGGGAGCCGGCGAGGUGGUUGGACGGCGCCUCGCGGCCGCCAACGGCGAUGACGCCAGUGUCCAUUCGCGCAAAUCCUCAAAGUCGCUGUCCUCAUGGACGGUCAAGCUGUUUGCCGGAAACACCCAACCGAGCAAAGACGAUGCGAACGCGGAAAAUACCCGCGGAAGAGCUAUGUCGGCCAACCGCGAAGCGAACAAGCCUGUGUCACCGGCCAUUUCAGCGGUGGCGGCGCUGAAGCGGAUCAACAGCAAUGUCAACAUCCAAGGUGCUCCAGGACGAUCCCCUGGAUCGGGUGCCUUGGCCAAAGCCAGCCAGGCCGGUCGGAGACAAGGGUCGGCGAGCGUUUCUCAAGGUGCAAGCUCUGAGGCUGCAAGCAAAAAUGCCACCAAUCUCGGCCCCGUGGAGAUGGAUGCGAUUUUGCCGCUGGAGGAUCGACCUCCGACGCUUGCUAACAUUUACAACAAUUACCAGUCGGGAGAUUUGCUGACGGACCGGUUCGGGUUCAUCUACGAUCAAAGCCGGAAGAGGCGGCAGAGGGAAGCCAGCGAUCUGAAAAGGGGUGGGUCGGCAGGUAACCGGCUUAGCAUCGCGGAGACUCUAGACAGCCUUCGCAGUGAUACCUCAGACGGCGAUGAUGGCUCCGACUAUCGGAAUCUAUUGCAGGCUACCACUGGUAGCGAAUCAUCUCCAGCAUCUGUAUCCCCCAGGAACGCCGAAGCUGGUGCUAUUGCGGUUGGGCGAUGGCAGGACUAUCUGGUGGUUCCGACGGCACCGACUGAACUGCUUUCGCACACCCCCUCCGCUGGUCCCAUCAUCUCUUUGACUACUGCGGGCGAUACUCAGCCGCGCAGCAGCGCAGUAGCUGUCGACAAACGUGGCUCCGUCUCCGUCACCCCCAACGCCCAGCCAUCUGCAUCCACCUCAACGGUGAUUGCCGAUCGCCCAGAGUUCGCCGGGCUGUCCUCCGACGAGACUGCCGCGCUGGCUGCCAACGAGAACGAGCCGGUCAAGUUACUGCUAGAGCAGCUGACCGAGCUGCAUGAUUCUCUGCAGCGAGAAAGAACGGUGAGAUGGAACGAGUUCCUGCGCAAAGUGCGUGCCGAACGCCGCAAGGAUGGGGAAGCCGCUGCGGCCGCGGCCGCGGCCUCGGACCGCCCUUUGCAGUCUGUCGAUACGCCGGAGGCGUCCCUAGCGGACGGCGAAAUGGUGGGCAUAUCUGGUCUGGGCAACAAAGGCAAGGUCGGCCGUGCCAAAUGGCGGGAGUUCCGGGCCCUCGUGCUCGGUGGGAUUCCCGUCGCUCUUCGAGCCAAGAUCUGGUCUGAAUGCAGCGGUGCGUCUUCGAUGCGGGUGCCCGGGUACUAUGAUGACCUCGUCCGGGGCGUUGGUGGGAGUGACCCCGACCCUUCGGUCGUGUCGCAGAUCGAGAUGGAUAUCAACCGCACCCUGACGGACAAUGUCUUCUUCCGCAAAGGCCCGGGGGUGGAGAAGCUCAAGGAAGUCCUCCUCGCAUAUUCUCGCCGCAACCCAGAGGUCGGAUACUGUCAAGGAAUGAACCUUAUUGCUGCCUCCCUGCUGCUUGUCACACCCACGGCGGAGGACACCUUCUGGCUUCUUGCGUCCAUGAUCGAGGUGAUCCUGCCGGAGCAUUAUUACGACCACGGCCUGCUAGCGUCCCGCGCGGAUCAAGUAGUUCUGCGGCGUUACAUAUCGGAAGUCCUGCCCAAGCUAUCUGCGCACCUUGAAGGCCUGAAUGUCGAGCUGGAGGCCUUAACGUUCCAGUGGUUCCUUUCCGUAUUCACCGACUGUCUCUCCGCAGAGGCACUCUACCGGGUGUGGGAUGUUGUCCUCUGCCUCAACGUGACCAGCUCAUUCACCCCCACGAAUGCGUCGUCAUCCCGCGACACCAACGACACCAACUCGACCACCACGAACAAUGCCCCCUCGAGCAGCGGCAGUGGCGGCGGCAGCACGUUUCUGUUUCAAGUUGCUCUCGCGCUGCUGAAACUGAACGAACAGCAACUCCUCACGACCUGUUCCACGCCCGCAGAGCUCUACACGUACAUCAACCACCAGAUGACCAACCACGCCAUCAGCAUCGACGGCCUCAUCCAAGCCAGCGACGCGCUGCGCAACGUCGUCCGUCGAGAGGAAGUAGUAGCCCGGCGAGCUGAUGCCCUCCGCGAGAUG